UUACAAGCAUUCAAACAUUUAGAUUGAUCAUCCAUGCAAAGAUGACACAAAAUUGGGGACAAAAUCCCUCAUCAUCUCACGCCAUUACUAAACCCAAAAUGGGCAGAGACAUCCUAGAACUUGAAUAGUGGAAGUCUAAUCCUAUUGCCUGGAAGACUCAAGGUCAGUGUAAACACAUACUGUUUUGUUGACAGGUGGCCUGCUAUAGGAUCACUACUGGAAUGUAGUUGAUACAUUUUUAGACUAGUCAUGUGGACAAAAGUGGAGAGUGGAGCAGUUGGCAUCCCGCAGCUGAUGAGGAGUGGUUUUGGUUGACUUUUUUAUUGAGAUAAGAACUAGUGUUGGAAGAUAACAUAUAGGCCUAUAUUUCUUGACCUCCUUGCUCACUCAUUUUAGGCUGUUAAAUAUCGUUGAGAACCCCCUACAGUCUCUUUAGUGCAGUUAGUCAACAUUGGAGAUUAUGUGUGUGCUUUUUUCCUGUCUGUAUUGAUUCCACACCUGUCUGUGUCAGUCAAGGGAAAAGCUGCGCUGGAAAGCCUUAGACGGGCAUGACAAUAACAGUAAUAGGAAGUCAUACAACGGCAUGAAAUGAUGAGAAGCUUUCUUCAUCUUUUGACGGCGUCCUUGUUUUUCUUCUUUCUGCAAGAAUGUUGGGGUCGGAAUGAAGAGGAACGCCUCAUCAACUACCUUUUUAAGGAACGCCGCUACAACAAAGAGCUUCGUCCGGUCCAAAAUAAAGAUGAUACUGUAGAUAUUUACCUGGCGCUGACACUUUCCAAUCUUAUUUCCUUGAAAGAAGUUGAUGAAACAUUACUAACAAAUGUGUGGAUGGAGCAUGGCUGGACUGAUUAUAGACUUGAGUGGAAUGAAACAGAGUUUGAUAACAUUUCUAUCCUGCGCCUGCCACCAAGUAUGGUGUGGUUACCAGAAAUUGUUCUUGAAAACAACAAUGAUGCCCAGUUCCAGGUGGCCUAUUACUGCAACGUGUUGAUCAAUGCCAGUGGAUAUGUGUACUGGUUGCCUCCAGCUAUAUUUCGCAGCUCCUGCUCUAUUAAUGUCAACUACUUCCCUUUUGAUUGGCAGAACUGCUCACUAAAGUUCAGCUCAUUAACUUACAACGCUAAAGAAAUAAGCUUACAUCUGAAAGAGGAGCAGGAUGAGGAUGGAAAGUCCUACAAGGUGGAAUGGAUCAUUAUUGAUCCUGAGGGAUUCACAGAAAAUGGCGAGUGGGAAAUUGUUCACAAGCCUGCCAGGAAAAACACUUAUAAAAACAUCCCGAUGGAAAGCAACAAGCACCAGGAUAUCACAUUUUACCUCAUCAUUAGACGUAAACCUCUGUUCUACAUUGUGAAUAUUAUCAUUCCCUGCGUGCUCAUCUCUUUCUUGGCCUCACUCGUCUACUACCUGCCUGCAGACAGUGGUGAGAAGAUGACGUUAUCCAUCUCUGUGCUGCUGGCUCAGUCUGUGUUUCUGCUGCUGAUUUCACAGCGUCUGCCUGAGACGUCUAUGGCAGUUCCCUUAAUCGUGAAGUAUCUGAUGUUUAUCAUGGUACUGGUCACUAUAGUGGUAUUGAAUUGCGUAAUUGUGCUCAACUUGCAUUUCCGGACCCCCAGCACCCAUGUCAUGACAGAAUGGACCAAAGAGUUCUUUUUGGAGAAGCUGCCUCGUCUUCUGCACAUGUCCCGUCCAGACGAUGACAAACCCAGCCUGGAGGGGGCACUGCCAAGGCGUUCCAGCUCAUUGGGGUACAUUGCCCAGGCUGAGGAGUACUAUAGUGUUAAAUCACGCAGUGAACUGAUGUUUGAGAAGCAGUCUGAGAGGCAUGGCAUGGCUGCUCGCCCCACUCCCAAAGCCACGUACACAUCCAGUAAUGACUCAGAGGUGUCAGAACAGCUGUACAACGAGAUGAAACCAGCUGUGGAAGGAGCCAAUUACAUUGUUAAGCACAUGCACGACAAAAACGACUAUAAUGAGGAAAAGGACAACUGGAGUGGGAUUGCCAGGACAGUGGACCGACUCUGCUUCUGUGUGGUCACUCCAGUUAUGACAUUGGGAACCAUAUGCAUCUUUCUGACGGGUAUCUACAACCAGCCACCAGUGCUGCCCUUCCAGGGAGACACUUUCACCUAUACAGAAGAAAACAAGCGCUUUUCAUGACCUCUCUACACCACACCACUGUGCUAG